GGGUUCCACGUGGCAUUCCAGAGCACUCGAGACUCGCCGCCUGGAGACGGGUGUAGCUCCCAGCCCAGGAGACUGCUGUGGGUCGGCAAGGCCGGGAAGAGUUUGGCCUCUGCUGUCGCCUCGGGCAGGUCACCUCCUAUCCCUGCUCCGUGGGGCGCUCCAAGCAGAUGGUCGCGACAUGUUUCACGACUUAAAACUCAAUGACCGAAUAGUUAAAGCUAUUUUGGGGGCUGGGGGCGCCCCAGGCCCCGUCACGCCAUCGUCCCCUCCAAACCCAGGGUUCCACAUGGUAUUCCCACCCAAUAGUCGUGAGAACGCGUUCUCUGCAUGUCAUGGGCACCAAAUUUUCAGACCAAAAUCCGGGACAGGCAGGGUUUGGAGCCAGUGCUCAGGAAGGGGGACAAGAGAUACGCAAGCAGGAAAGGCUGGGAGACGGAGCUGGGACAGCGCUCUAGAGGGAGGGAGCCAGGAGGAGCUGGGGGGCUGCAAGGGCCAAGGCUGGGACCCGGGGGUAGUUGCCGCUACUGGGCCAGGGGCGCGGAUCGGUGGCGGAGCCUUAGCUCUUUGUCCCGAGCCGCCUGGGGUCCGAGAGGAUGGAGAGCCUGGCCUGGGAUUCAGGGAACCUGCCUUCGUGGGGCACCGAAGGGAAAAGCAAAGCGCCCAAAGCGGUCGAAAGCCCUCUGAGCAGCCGAGGCUGGAAGCGGAAUACGGGGUCCAGGCAUUUGGCAGCCGCGGGCGGGAGACAGGACAAGGACCAGGGUCUCUGUUAUGCUGGCGCCCAGAGGUCUCCUCUUGUGGGCGGACAGCGUCCUUGCGAAGAGAGAGUCUGUCGCCAGAGGCUUUGUCCCCAGGGGUCUUGGGUCCUGAGAACAGCUCUCCCUUCCCUUCGGACCUUCUCGUUCGGCUGCGUGGUUCCCAGUCGAUGUCCUCCCAGAGGAAUAUUGGGAGAAGUGAACCCAAAAAAGUGGGAAUCACGCGCUGCUGCGGGGAGUUGUGGGCGCCGGGGCGCAGGGGUCAGAGGGAGAGAACCGCGACAUUCCGAGCGAAGAGGACAGUCCCCCAGUCGGACUGCCCUCCCGAGGUUGCGGUAUCUGGCUCUGAGCUGGAUUCAGCACCUCGCACACCGAGGACAGCUCCCGCGCCUGGUUCAGCACCCCGCAAGUCUCGGACAGCUCCCGAGCCGACGCCCGAGCGCAUGCGCUCCCAUGGUCUCUUCCGCCGCCGCUUCCUCCCGCAGCGCCCCGGGCCGCGCCCCCCUGGGGUUCCAGCCCCGCCAGGAGUAUGGAGAAUGUCUCCAGCCGGCCGGGUCCGUCCCCGUCGCGCUGCGAACCGCCACCCACAGUUUCCUCAGUACAACUAUCAGGCGCUAGUGCCCGAGAAUGAGGCGGCGGGUACCGCGGUGCUACGCGUAGUGGCUCAGGACCCAGACGCGGGUGAGGCCGGGCGCCUAGUCUACUCGCUGGCUGCUCUCAUGAACAGCCGCUCUCUGGAGCUGUUCAGCAUCGACCCGCAGAGCGGCCUCAUCCGCACAGAGGCCGCUCUGGACCGCGAGAGCAUGGAUCGCCACUACCUGCGCGUGACAGCACAGGAUCACGGCUCGCCGCGCCUCUCAGCCACCACCAUGGUGGCCGUUACUGUGGCUGACCGCAACGACCACGCGCCGGUAUUUGAGCAGGCGCAAUACCGGGAGACGCUUCGUGAGAACGUGGAGGAGGGCUACCCUAUCCUGCAGUUGCGUGCCACAGACGGUGAUGCGCCCCCCAACGCCAACCUGCGUUACCGCUUUGUGGGGCCGCCGGCUGCGCGCGCGGCCGCAGCCGCCGCCUUCGAAAUUGAUCCGCGCUCGGGUCUCAUCAGCACCAGUGGUCGCGUGGACCGCGAGCACAUGGAAAACUACGAGCUAGUAGUGGAGGCCAGCGACCAGGGCCAAGAGCCCGGGCCUCGGUCAGCCACCGUGCGUGUGCACAUAACUGUGCUGGACGAGAACGACAACGCGCCCCAGUUUAGCGAGAAGCGCUACGUGGCGCAGGUGCGCGAAGAUGUGCGCCCCCAUACGGUGGUGCUACGCGUCACGGCCACCGACCGGGACAAGGACGCCAACGGACUGGUGCAUUACAACAUCAUCAGUGGCAACAGCCGCGGUCACUUUGCCAUCGACAGCCUCACGGGCGAGAUCCAGGUGGUGGCACCUCUGGACUUCGAAGCAGAAAGAGAGUAUGCCUUGCGCAUCCGGGCUCAGGAUGCGGGCCGCCCACCGCUGUCCAACAACACAGGCCUGGCCAGCAUCCAGGUGGUGGACAUCAAUGACCAUACUCCUAUCUUUGUCAGCACUCCCUUCCAGGUCUCUGUCCUGGAAAAUGCACCUCUGGGCCACUCAGUCAUCCACAUUCAGGCAGUGGAUGCAGACCAUGGGGAGAAUGCCAGAUUGGAGUACUCCCUCACUGGUGUGGCACCUGAUACACCCUUUGUGAUAAACAGUGCCACUGGUUGGGUCUCUGUGAGUGGUCCCCUAGACCGCGAGUCUGUGGAGCAUUACUUCUUUGGUGUGGAGGCCCGAGACCAUGGCUCACCUCCUCUCUCAGCCUCAGCCAGCGUCACAGUGACUGUGCUGGAUGUUAAUGACAAUCGGCCUGAGUUCACGAUGAAGGAGUACCACCUACGGCUGAAUGAGGAUGCGACUGUGGGCACCAGUGUGGUCAGCGUGACUGCUGUAGAUCGUGAUGCCAACAGUGCCAUCAGCUACCAGAUCACAGGAGGCAACACUCGGAAUCGCUUUGCCAUCAGCACCCAGGGGGGUGUAGGUCUGGUGACACUGGCUCUGCCACUGGACUACAAGCAGGAACGCUACUUCAAGCUGGUGCUAACUGCAUCUGACCGUGCCCUUCAUGAUCACUGCUAUGUGCACAUCAACAUUACAGAUGCCAACACUCACCGACCUGUCUUUCAAAGUGCCCACUACUCAGUGAGUGUGAAUGAGGAUAGGCCAGUGGGUAGCACUGUAGUGGUCAUCAGUGCCUCUGACGAUGAUGUGGGUGAGAAUGCUCGAAUCACCUAUCUCCUGGAAGACAACCUGCCCCAGUUCCGCAUUGAUGCAGACUCAGGGGCCAUUACACUGCAGGCCCCACUGGACUAUGAAGACCAGGUGACCUACACGCUGGCUAUUACUGCUCGGGACAAUGGAAUACCACAGAAGGCAGACACUACUUACGUGGAGGUGAUGGUCAAUGAUGUGAAUGAUAACGCUCCACAGUUUGUGGCCUCCCAUUACACAGGGCUGGUCUCUGAGGAUGCCCCACCUUUCACCAGUGUCCUGCAGAUCUCAGCCACUGACCGGGAUGCUCAUGCCAAUGGCCGAGUCCAGUAUACUUUCCAGAAUGGGGAAGAUGGGGAUGGAGAUUUUACCAUUGAGCCCACCUCUGGCAUUGUCCGCACAGUGAGGUGGCUGGAUCGGGAGGCAGUGCCAGUGUAUGAACUGACUGCCUAUGCAGUGGACCGAGGUGUGCCCCCACUUCGGACUCCAGUCAGCAUCCAGGUGACAGUGCAGGAUGUUAAUGACAAUGCACCCGUCUUCCCGGCUGAGGAGUUUGAGGUGCAAGUGAAGGAGAACAGCAUUGUGGGCUCAGUGGUGGCCCAAAUCACUGCAGUAGACCCUGAUGAAGGUCCCAAUGCUCAUAUAAUGUACCAGAUCGUGGAGGGGAACAUCCCUGAGCUGUUCCAAAUGGACAUCUUCUCUGGAGAGUUGACGGCACUCAUUGACUUGGACUAUGAGGCUCGCCAGGAAUAUGUGAUUGUGGUGCAGGCCACAUCAACCCCUCUGGUCAGUCGGGCCACUGUGCACGUCCGCCUGGUUGACCAGAAUGACAACAGCCCUGUGCUCAACAACUUUCAGAUCCUCUUCAACAACUAUGUAUCCAACCGCUCAGACACCUUCCCCUCAGGCAUUAUUGGGCGCAUCCCAGCAUACGAUCCUGAUGUCUCUGACCACCUCUUCUACUCCUUUGAGCGGGGCAAUGAGUUGCAGCUGCUAGUGGUCAACCAGACCAGCGGGGAACUUCGACUCAGCCGCAAGCUAGACAACAACCGUCCACUGGUGGCCUCCAUGUUGGUGACUGUUACAGAUGGCCUACAUAGUGUGACAGCACAGUGUGUGCUGCGUGUGGUCAUCAUCACGGAGGAGCUGCUGGCCAACAGCCUGACAGUGCGCCUGGAGAACAUGUGGCAGGAACGCUUCCUAUCGCCAUUGCUGGGCCACUUCCUGGAAGGCGUGGCCGCGGUACUUGCCACACCCGCGGAGGAUGUCUUCAUCUUCAAUAUCCAGAACGACACGGACGUUGGGGGUACCGUGCUCAAUGUGAGCUUCUCGGCGCUGGCGCCGCGCGGAUCUGGGGCUGGGGCUGGCGCUGCGGGCCCCUGGUUCAGCUCUGAGGAGCUGCAGGAGCAGCUGUACGUGCGCCGCGCCGCCCUUGCCGCCCGCUCACUCCUGGACGUGCUGCCCUUUGACGACAACGUGUGCCUGCGCGAGCCCUGUGAGAACUACAUGAAGUGCGUGUCCGUGCUGCGUUUUGACUCGUCUGCACCCUUUCUGGCCUCGGCCUCCACGCUUUUCAGGCCCAUCCAGCCCAUCGCAGGCCUGCGCUGCCGCUGCCCGCCCGGCUUCACCGGAGACUUCUGCGAGACGGAGCUCGACCUCUGCUACUCCAACCCAUGCCGCAAUGGCGGCGCCUGCGCGCGGCGCGAGGGAGGCUACACCUGUGUCUGCCGCCCGCGCUUCACAGGCGAAGACUGUGAGUUGGACACGGAGGCCGGACGCUGCGUGCCCGGCGUCUGCCGCAACGGGGGUACCUGCGCGGAUGGGCCCGACGGCGGCUUCCGCUGCCAGUGCCCAGCGGGUGGCGCCUUCGAGGGUCCGCGCUGCGAGGUGGCAGCACGCUCCUUCCCGCCCAGUUCGUUCGUCAUGUUCCGCGGCCUGCGGCAGCGCUUCCAUCUCACGCUGUCCCUCUCGUUCGCCACCGUGCAGCCAAGCGGACUGCUGUUCUACAACGGGCGCCUGAACGAGAAGCACGACUUCCUGGCCUUGGAGCUCGUGGCUGGGCAAGUGCGGCUGACAUAUUCCACCGGUGAGUCCAACACAGUGGUCAGCCCCACAGUUCCAGGGGGCCUGAGUGACGGGCAGUGGCAUACAGUGCAUCUGAGAUACUACAACAAGCCCCGGACAGAUGCCAUGGGGGGUGCACAGGGCCCCUCCAAGGACAAGGUGGCUGUGCUGAGCGUGGAUGACUGCGAUGUGGCCGUGGCUCUGCAGUUUGGUGCUGAGAUUGGCAACUACUCAUGCGCAGCUGCUGGCAUGCAAACAAGCUCCAAGAAGUCCCUGGACCUGACGGGCCCUCUGCUCCUGGGGGGUGUCCCCAACCUCCCCGAGAACUUCCCCGUGUCCCACAAGGACUUUAUUGGCUGCAUGCGGGACCUGCAUAUUGAUGGCCGCCGAGUGGACAUGGCGGCCUUCGUGGCAAACAAUGGCACCACAGCAGGCUGCCAGGCCAAGCUGCACUUCUGUGACUCGGGCCCCUGCAAGAACAGCGGCUUCUGCUCAGAACGCUGGGGUGGCUUCAGCUGUGACUGCCCUGUGGGUUUUGGAGGCAAAGACUGUCGACUCACCAUGGCCCAUCCCCACCAUUUCCGUGGCAACGGCACACUGAGCUGGGACUUUGGAAAUGACAUGGCUGUGUCUGUGCCAUGGUACCUGGGGCUGGCGUUUCGGACACGGGCGACGCAGGGUGUCCUGAUGCAAGUGCAGGCUGGGCCACAUAGCACACUUCUCUGUCAGCUGGAUCGGGGGUUGCUGUCCGUGACGGUGACCAGGGGCUCGGGCCGAGCUGCCCACCUCCUUCUGGACAAGGUGACUGUCAGUGAUGGCCGAUGGCAUGAUCUGCGGCUGGAGUUGCAGGAAGAGCCGGGUGGCCGGCGGGGCCACCAUGUCCUCAUGGUCUCAUUGGACUUUAGUCUCUUCCAGGACACCUUGGCAGUGGGGAAUGAGCUGCAGGGCCUGAAGGUAAAGCGACUCCACGUGGGAGGCCUGCCCCCCAGCAGUGAUGAGGAGGCUCCUCAGGGGCUGGUUGGCUGUAUCCAGGGGGUAUGGCUCGGCUCCACACCUUCAGGAACUCCAGCCCUGCUUCCCCCGAACCACCGAGUGAAUGUGGAACCUGGCUGCGUUGUGACAAAUGCCUGUGCUUCUGGGCCCUGCCCACCCCACGCUGACUGCCGAGACCUCUGGCAGACCUUUUCCUGUACCUGCUGGCCAGGUUACUAUGGCCCAGGCUGUGUGGACGCCUGCCUCCUGAACCCCUGUCAGAACCAGGGGUCAUGCCGGCACCUCCCUGGGGCCCCCCAUGGCUAUAUCUGUGACUGUGUAGGUGGCUAUUUCGGGCACCACUGUGAGCACAGGAUGGACCAGCAGUGCCCACGGGGCUGGUGGGGGAGUCCAACGUGUGGACCCUGCAACUGCGACAUUCACAAGGGCUUUGACCCCAACUGUAACAAGACCAAUGGGCAGUGUCACUGCAAGGAGUUCCACUACCGACCACGGGGCAGUGACUCGUGCCUCCCAUGUGACUGCUACCCUGUGGGCUCCACCUCGCGCUCAUGUGCACCCCACAGCGGGCAGUGCCCCUGUCGCCCAGGAGCCCUUGGCCGCCAGUGCAACAGCUGCGACAGUCCUUUUGCAGAGGUGACAGCCAGCGGCUGCCGGGUGCUCUAUGAUGCCUGCCCCAAGUCCCUGAGAUCUGGUGUGUGGUGGCCCCAGACCAAGUUUGGUGUCUUGGCCUCAGUGCCCUGUCCUCGGGGGGCCCUGGGUACCGCCAUGCGGCUAUGCGAUGAAGACCAGGGUUGGCUGGAACCCGACCUCUUCAACUGUACUUCCCCCGCCUUUCGAGAACUCAAUCUGCUGCUGGAUGGCCUGGAGCUGAACAAGACAGUCUUGGAUACUGUGGAGGCCAAGAAGCUGGCUCAGAGGCUUCGGGAGGUAACCGGCCACACCGACCACUACUUCAGCCAAGAUGUCCGAGUCACUGCCCGCCUGCUGGCCCACCUGUUAGCCUUUGAGAGCCACCAGCAGGGCUUCGGGCUGACAGCCACACAGGACGCCCAUUUCAAUGAGAACCUGCUGUGGGCCGGCUCUGCACUGCUUGCUCCAGAGACCGGAGACUUGUGGGCGGCACUGGGGCAGCGGGCCCCGGGGGGCUCCCCGGGCAGCGCGGGGCUGGUACAGCAUCUGGAGGAGUAUGCGGCCACGCUGGCAAGGAAUAUGGAACUCACAUACCUGAAUCCUGUGGGGCUGGUGACGCCCAACAUCAUGCUCAGCAUCGACCGCAUGGAGCACCCCAGUCCCACCCGGGGGACCCGUCGCUACCCUCGUUACCACAGCAACCUUUUCCGGGGCCAGGAUGCCUGGGAUCCUCACACGCAUGUGCUGCUGCCUUCCCAGGCCCCACGGCCAUCCCCCGCUGAAGUUCUGUCCACAAGUGGCAGCAGCACUGAGAACUCCACCACCUUGAGUGUGGCUCCGCCACCGGCCCCCCCGGAGCCUGAGCCCGAGCCUGGGAUCUCCAUCAUCAUCCUCCUGGUUUACCGCACCUUGGGGGGGCUGCUCCCUGCCCAGUUCCAGGCUGAGCGCCGGGGUGCCAGGCUUCCCCAGAACCCUGUUAUGAACUCCCCGGUGGUCAGCGUGGCUGUAUUCCAUGGACGCAACUUCCUAAGGGGUGUCCUGGAGUCCCCGAUCAGCCUUGAGUUCCGCCUGCUACAGACUGCGAAUCGCAGCAAGGCCAUCUGUGUGCAGUGGGACCCGCCUGGCCCGGUGGACCGGCAUGGCACGUGGACAGCACGGGACUGUGAGCUGGUGCACAGGAAUGGGUCCCACGCACGGUGUCGCUGCAGCCGGACGGGCACCUUUGGGGUCCUCAUGGAUGCCUCCCCCCGCGAGCGGCUAGAGGGCGACCUGGAGCUGCUGGCUGUGUUCACCCACGUGGUCAUAUCCGUGUCUGUGGCCGCACUGUUGCUGACCGCAGCUGUCCUGCUGAGCCUGCGCAGCCUCAAGUCCAACAUGCGUGGCAUCCACGCCAAUGUGGCUGCUGCCCUGGGGGUGGCAGAGCUCCUCUUCCUGCUGGGGAUCCACAGGACCCAAAACCAGCUGGUGUGCACCGCGGUCGCCAUCCUCCUGCACUACUUCUUCCUCAGCACGUUCGCGUGGCUCCUUGUGCAGGGGCUGCACCUCUACCGCAUGCAGGUUGAGCCGCGUAAUGUGGACCGUGGUGCCAUGCGUUUCUACCAUGCCCUGGGCUGGGGCGUCCCUGCUGUGCUGCUGGGCCUGGCUGUCGGCUUGGAUCCCGAAGGCUAUGGGAACCCUGACUUCUGCUGGAUCUCGGUCCAUGAGCCCCUCAUCUGGAGUUUUGCAGGCCCUGUCGUCAUUGUCAUUGUGAUGAAUGGGACCAUGUUUCUCCUCGCUGCCCGCACAUCCUGCUCCACUGGGCAGAGGGAGGCCAAGAAGACCUCUGUGCUGACACUUCGCAGCUCCUUUCUGCUCCUUCUGCUGGUCAGUGCCUCCUGGCUCUUCGGCCUCCUGGCGGUCAACCACAGUGUCCUGGCCUUCCACUACCUCCACGCUGGCCUCUCUGGGCUCCAGGGCCUGGUGGUGCUGCUGCUGUUCUGUGUCGUGAAUGCAGACACUCGAGCCGCCUGGACACCAGCCUGUCUAGGCAGGAAGGCAGAGCCCGAGGAGGCCAGGCCAGCAGCUGGGACGGGGCCUGGGGCUUACAACAACACGGCUCUCUUCGAGGAAAGCGGCCUCAUCCGCAUCACUCUCGGUGCCUCCACCAUCUCCUCAGUGAGCAGUGCCCGCUCCGGCCGGACCCAGGACCAAGACAGCCAGCGGGGCCGCAGCUACCUCAGGGACAAUGUCCUGGUUCGACAUGGCUCGGCUGCUGACCACACUGACCACAGCGUCCAGGCUCACGCUGGCCCCACUGACCUGGACGUGGCCAUGUUCCAUCGAGAUGCUGGUGGAGGUGCUGACUCCGACUCUGACAGUGACCUGUCCUUGGAGGAGGAGAGAAGUCUGUCUAUCCCAUCCUCAGAAAGUGAGGACAACGGCCGGACACGGGGGCGUUUCCAGCGUCCUCUCCGCCGAGCAGCGCAGAGUGAGAGGCUCCUCACCCACCCCAAAGAUGUGGAUGGCAAUGACCUCCUGUCUUACUGGCCAGCCCUGGGGGAAUGCGAGGCUACUCCCUGUGCUCUGCAGACCUGGGGCUCCGAAAGGCGCCUGGGGCUGGAUACCAGCAAGGAUGCAGCCAACAACAACCAGCCGGACCUGGCCCUGACCAGUGGAGAUGAAACCUCCCUGGGCCGGGCCCAGCACCAGAGAAAAGGCAUCCUGAAGAACCGAUUGCAGUACCCACUGGUGCCACAGACCCGGGGUGCCCCGGAAUUGUCCUGGUGCCGUGCAGCCACCUUGGGCCACCGUGCUGUGCCGGCUGCCUCCUAUGGUCGCAUCUAUGCUGGAGGGGGCACAGGCAGCCUUUCGCAGCCAGCCAGCCGCUACUCCUCUCGAGAACAGCUGGAUCUGCUUCUUCGCCGGCAGCUGAGUCGUGAGCGACUGGAGGAGGCCCCUGCCCCUGUCCUGCGUCCCCUGAGUCGACCAGGUUCCCAGGAACACCUGGAUGCUGUGCCAGGCCGCCUGGAGCCCAGGGAUCGGGGCAGCACCCUACCACGGAGGCAGCCACCCAGGGACUAUCCUGGCGCCACAGCCGGCUGCUUUGGGUCACGCGAUGCGCUGGACCUAGGGGCGCCCUGCGAGUGGAUGCGCACGCUGCCCCCACCCCAUGGUGCCCGGGACCUUGACCCACAGCCCCCGCCUCUGCCACUAUCUCCCCAGCGACAACUGUCAAGGGACCCCCUCUUGCCAUCCCGGCCCCUGGACUCUCUGUCCAGGAAAUCGAACUCGGGGGAGCGGCUGGACCAUGUGCCUAGCCGGCACCCCUCACGAGAAGGCCUCGGGCCCCCACCGCAGCUGCUCAGAGUCAGGGAAGACCCAGCCAGUGGCCCCAGCCACGGCCCCUCCACAGAGCAGCUGGACAUUCUGUCCUCCAUCCUUGCCUCCUUCAACUCCUCAGCUCUCUCCUCUUCCGUGCAGUCCUCAAGCACACCCUCGGGCCCUCACACCACAGCCACGCCUUCUGCCACAGCUUCUGCUCUUGGGCCCUCCACGCCACGUUCUGCCACGUCCCACAGCAUCUCGGAGCUGUCCCCGGACUCAGAACAAAGGGACACACAGGCACUGCUGUCCACAACGCACGCGAUGGAGCUGAGGAGGCGAGACUACCAUGUGGAGCGGCCACUGCUGAACCAGGAACGUCUGGAGGAGCUGGGAAGGAGGGGUUCAGCAGCUGGGACCCGCCAAUGGCGAAUCUGGUUUCGGUGUUCCCGUGCUCGGGCCCGAGCCCUUCUGCUCCAAUACCUCCCAAUUUUGGCCUGGCUACCCCAGUAUCCAGUGCGUGAGUGGCUUCUGGGUGACCUGUUGUCUGGCCUGAGUGUGGCCAUUAUGCAGCUACCACAGGGCCUGGCCUACGCCCUUCUGGCUGGACUGCCCCCUGUGUUUGGCCUCUACAGUUCCUUCUACCCUGUCUUUAUCUAUUUCCUAUUCGGCACUUCCCGGCACAUCUCCGUGGGCACUUUUGCUAUCAUGUCCGUGAUGGUGGGCAGUGUGACAGAAUCGCUGGCCCCAGAUGAGGCCUUCAUGCAGGACUUGAACUCCACAGUCAAUGUAACGGCCAGAGACGCUGCCCGGGUGCAGCUGGCCUCCACACUCAGUGUCCUGGUUGGCCUCUUCCAGGUGGGGCUAGGCCUGGUGCAUUUCGGCUUUGUGGUCACCUACCUGUCUGAGCCUCUUGUCCGCGGCUAUACCACAGCUGCAUCCGUGCAUGUCUUCGUCUCGCAGCUCAAGUAUGUGUUUGGCCUCUAUCUGAGCAGCCGCUCUGGGCCGCUGUCCCUCAUCUAUACAGUACUGGAGGUCUGCUGGAAGCUGCCCCAGAGCGUGGUGGGCACCAUGGUGACCGCAGUUGUGGCAGGGGUGGUACUCGUGCUGGUGAAGCUGUUGAAUGACAAACUACGUCGACAUCUGCCCCUGCCGAUCCCUGGGGAGCUGCUUACGCUCAUCGGGGCCACGGGCAUCUCCUACGGCGUGGGCCUGAAGCACAGAUUUGGGGUGGAUGUCGUGGGCAAAAUCCCUGCAGGGAUGGUGCCUCCAGUGGCCCCCAGCCCCCAGCUGUUUGCCAAGCUUGUGGGAAAUGCCUUCGCCAUCGCUGUGGUUGGGUUCGCCAUUGCCAUCUCGCUGGGGAAGAUUUUCGCCCUGAGGCAUGGCUACCGGGUGGACAGCAACCAGGAGCUGGUGGCCCUCGGCCUUAGUAACCUCAUUGGGGGCAUCUUCCAGUGCUUCCCUGUGAGCUGCUCUAUGUCCCGGAGCCUGGUUCAGGAGAGCACCGGGGGCAACACACAGGUGGCUGGAGCCGUCUCCUCCCUCUUCAUCCUCAUUAUCAUCCUCAAACUUGGUGAACUCUUCCAAGACCUGCCCAAGGCAGUCCUGGCAGCCGUCAUCAUCGUGAAUCUGAAGGGCAUGCUGAUGCAGUUCAGAGACAUAUGCUCCCUCUGGAAGGCAAAUAGAGUGGAUCUGCUCAUCUGGCUGGUGACCUUUGUAGCCACUAUCCUGCUGAACCUGGACCUUGGUCUGGUAGUGGCAGUAGUCUUCUCCCUGCUGCUCGUGGUGGUCCGCACACAGAUGCCCCACUACUCUGUCCUGGGCCAGGUGCCAGACACGGAUAUUUACAGAGAUGUGGCAGAGUACUCAGAAGCCAGGGAGGUCCCAGGCGUGAAGGUGUUCCGCUCCUCGGCCACCGUGUACUUUGCCAACGCUGAGCUCUACAGUGACGCGCUGAAGCAGAGGUGCGGUGUGGACGUGGACCACCUCAUCUCCCAGAAGAAGAAGCUGCUCAGAAAGCAGGAGCUGAAGUUGAAGCGACUGCAGAAGGAGAAUAAGCUCCUGAAACAGGCUGCCGCCUCCAAGGGCACUUCGGUUUCCAUCAAUGUCAACGCCAGUGUCACCGACAUCGGCAGCAGCAAUGCAGAGGACUCCAAGGCCAAGCAGGGGACUGCAGGGAAUGAGCUAGAGGAUAUGGCAGCCAGGGGUCCAGAAGAUGCCAAGGCCCCAGACAUGUCCUCACUGAAGGCCCUGGGCCUGCCUCAGCCAGAUUUCCACAGCCUCAUCCUGGAUCUGGGCGGCCUCUCCUUUGUGGACACUGUGUUCCUCAAAAGCCUGAAGAAUAUUUUCCGUGACUUCCGGGAGAUCGAGGUGGAAGUGUACAUGGCCUCCUGUCACUCUCCUGUGAUCACCCAGCUUGAGGCCGGGCACUUCUUUGAUGCAACUAUCACCAAGCAGCAUCUCUUUGCCUCUGUCCACGAUGCUGUCAUCUUUGCACUCCAGCGUCUGAGGUCCGGCCCCGUCAGCCCUGUUUCGGUUACCAAACUCUGACCGUGCUGCCCCCUGCCUGAGACUGCUCACGUCUGGAGGUUGUGAUGGGGUACCCAUGAGAACCCCCAACCCCUGGGCUGCCUCCACGUGUUCCCCAGGAGUCCCCUCCACAUGCACACACACACAACUCAGGGAUGGAGGUCCUGGGACUCCAAGUUCAAUGCUCUAGGCCUGCGAUGAGGCACUGGGCAAGUUGGAGGAGCAUGCAUGUUUUUAGUCUCAGGAAUAAAGAUUUGUUUGCCCAA